GCUCGGUGCGGAGCGGCUGCGCUCGGUCCGGGGGCCAUGCGGGUGCCGCUGUCCCUCCUGGCUCUCGCGGCGCUGCUGGCGCCCCGCCGGAGCGCGGCUUCCCAGGGGGAGCGGCCGCCCGCAGUGCCUUCACCAACGGAGGUUGUAGUAACAUCUGAAAACUUCAAAACAGUUUUACAUUGGCAGUACCCACCUGUGUCUGAAACUCCUAAUUUUAUUGUGGAAAUCAAGCCUUACAAUUUAGGUUACUAUAAGAACGUCUCAACCUGUGUGAACACUUCAGCUCAUUCUUGUGAUCUCUCAGAGGAAGUAUGUGACCCUUAUUUGUCUCACUGGCUUCGAGUUAAAGCUGUUGUUGGGUCACAACAGUCUGAAUAUGUUGAGUCAAAUGAGUUUAUUUUGCAAAGACAUGGAAAAAUAGGACCGCCAAAACUGAACCUCUCAAGACAUGGUGAUAAAAUCAUGGUUGAUAUUUACCAUCCUGUAUUCCCUCUUUCUUGUAUUGAAGACAUUUAUUCAAAGCUUCAGUACUUGGUGACUGUUCGGUAUAAUGAAAAUGAGACUGAAGAGCUCUACGAGGACAACUGUACAAUGCAUAAGUGUAGCCUCAAAAUCCCAGUUCUUACUGAAAACUCCACUUACUGUGUUUCAGCAAAAGCAAUUUUUGAUAAUCUGAUGGUUGGCACUCCAUCAGAGGAAAGCUGCCCUCCUGUUCGUCUCGAGCAGACAUUGAGUACACAUGGUAUCAUCAUUCUCUGUGUUGUUAUUGGGAUCUUGACUGUAAUACCAACAAUAUAUUGUGGCUGCAAGAAACUAAAGAAAAACAACAUACAGCUGCCCAAGUCUUUGGUCAUUGUGAUGAGAAACCUGAACACAGGUGCCUUACUGGGACCAAGAUCAGACAGGAAGUAUAUAUCUGUAAUUAGCUUCCCAUCAGGCCACUCGGAGUUGCCAGUGAAUGGUGAAGUAACUUUGCUGGGGAUGCAGCCGGAAGAACAAACUGUUAGUCCUGUGAGUUCCUGUGAUGGAGAAUCUUCUGUCCCUUUUCCAGAGGCACCAGCCAAAGUAGAAGAGGUGCCUGUGCAGGAAAGCAGAGAGGAGGUCUCUUUUGAUGCUAACGAACCAAAGUGCGGAGUAAAAGAGAGUUACUUCCUUUCUAACAGUAGCCAAAUGGAUACUUGCAGUGAGUCUUCAGGGUCAGAGAUCUCUACCGCAGAAACACAGCAAAGAGUCAUCCCAAGCAGCUGCUUCAAGUUUUCUGGCUAUGACAAGCCUCAUGUUCCGUUAGAUGUGUUGAUGAUAGAUGUUGGUGAAGAACAGCCUGUGAAUGCUUAUAGGCCAACUGAGUAGCCAGGAUAACUGAAAUGCUUAACCACAACUCAGAAAGAACAGCAUUACUGAAGGUUGUGGAAAGUCUGGGUUAAACUGUGACCAUCUACAGGUUGUACUUGUUCUGAUCAGUACACGUUUGAAAAUAGUACCUGAAAAUGGCAUAAAAAGUGUGGGGUAAUUUCAUAAUAACCACUUUAUCAUAUGUAAAAGCAUUUUACAUAACUCAUUCUUUUUCUAUUUGAAAUAGUGCUGUGCUUUUUAACAAUACUCUAUAGAAAACAUACCAUCAACUAUAAAACAGCAGCUGUGCCAUUAUUCACUUCUGCUUCAAUUCUUGUUCAAAAUUAGUUCAACAAACAUAAUGCUUAAGAAAUCCUUCACUUGUUAUGUAUGAUACACAUGUGCAAGGAAUGUUUGAGCAUUUUUACUGUUAUUGGAGGUAUCCUUUUGCUGAUCUUUUUCUUUUGAAGAGUAUUUUUAUAUUAAAUAAAAUGUUCCUAUUUCUUUUUGAUAAGACUAUGCCUAUAAGCUCUUCCUGUAUAUCUUAAGAAUUUGGCUCCAUGUCAAAGAAGUAAGAAGUAAUAGCCAUAAACUAAGAACACAAGUAGUUCACCUCAGCAUGAGGAAGAAUUUCUUUGUAUUGAGGGUGUGUGGCAGAGCAUUGGAAGAGGCUGCCCAAGGAACUCGGGGAGUCUCCCUCUCUGAAGGCAUUCAGAACCCACCUGAACUCAUUCCUGUGUCAUCUGCUCUAGGUGACCCUGCCUGGCCAGGUGAUUUCCAGAGGUUCCUUCCAACCCUAACAAUUCUGUGAAAGUACCAUUUAUUUGUAGUCUUUACUGUUAACUUCAGUACAGCAGCAGCCAUUUGGGUCACCUAGUGGUGUGAGUAGCUAUGUCACAUUCUGGCAGAAUAUGUUAGCAAGCUGACUGAUCAUCACUGACAAAAAAAAAAGUCUAAUGUGUGGUUGCACAAAUUCUUUAGAAAAUGUCCUCAAAAUUCAAAAGCCUGGGACAUUUUCUUCUGGGACAUUUGAAUGCUAAUUUUUAGAACAAUAAGUUCUUUAAAUAGAAAUCAAUAGAACUUCUUUCAAGCAUGUUUUCUAGCAAGAUGAAAAUCACUACCAUUUCCCCCUCUUUUAAUAACAUAAUUAAUGAACUACAUAAAAUCGCCCUCUAAAAAUAAUGUCUCAAGAAAGUAGAAAAGUGCUGUGAUUAAGUAGUACUUUAUAAAUAGUUUUAUUGUCAUUUGACAGUCUUCUGAAUUCUGUAUCAUAGAGAUUGUAGUUUUGAAAACUGAGGAAUAAAGAUUUUAUAUUUUUAUAUUUAAUUUUUUUCAUAUUGAAAUCCAUGCAAUUCAUUUAUUUCUCUUUAAUCAAGAUUUGAUAGGUGUUUUCUAUUUGUAGGAAAUGUCUACAGCAAUUAUGAAUGUUUAGUUCGGGGAGAAAACACUUUACGGUUACAGUUUGGUCCAUUGACACAAAAUUGUGGGUUUGUUUUAAAAUGCAUUUUUUUAGGAUUAUCAGAAUUGUUAGCAUGUUAGAACAGAUGGUUUUGAAGGAAAACCAGUGUCACAGUGCUUCUAUCCUUAGAUUUCUCAGUGAUGUGAGUAUUCUUAAGGUGAAGUUUAAACAGCAGUUUCAGGAGAGCUUCCAUUCUUGUAUAUAUCAGAUAUUGACCACAGUGGUACAAAAGAUUUAAAGACAGUAGCUAUUUUUCCCAUCUCUGCUGACAGGAAGGUAACAGGUUGGUUGGUAGGGUUUUGAUAAUUUUAGAAAAAGCCAAAUCAAGCAGGUGAAUUUUGUAGUUAUGAUGUUAUGGAAAGCCCAAUUAGUAAUUCUUAGCUGGCUGUGAUUUAUUUCUGCAUUAUAUUCAGACACAGUGAGACACCCUAGCAACUUUUUCAAUGUCAUAUUCUGGGUUGAGUUCCUAGAAGGCAGUGCUUAGUGACUUACUGCUUAGGAUGCACUAAUGUGUAGGUUCUCCCUAUGGCAGAGGUGCAGAAGAUAACACUCCUGGGUGUUACGAGAAGGCUUUUUGAAAAUCAGCAUUAAUUGCACUUGAAACUUCAACUAAACUGACUUUCCAGGUAGUGAUGUGGUUCAUCACUGAAGCUCUUAGCACCCUGUCUACUAAGUAGAUGAGCAGCGGUGUCUUGUGCAGACAUUGGAGUUGAUGUAAUUUCUUUCUGAGUUUGGAGAUUUGUUGAUGAAUAUGAAUUGCAAUAAAUACCUCAGAAAUUUAUAAAAGUCAGAGAAGUAUUUAAGUUAAACUUGGCUCUGAAGGGAUAAAGAGGGCAUUAGAAACUGUGAAGUUAAUCUUGCUUUUUGGGAAGAAGCUUGUGACCAGACAAUUUACUGAGUAUUUUCUUUGCAACUGCUCAGAGUAUUUAACCUUGCACUUGGUAGUUUGUUUUCCUUUGGUCAGUUUUGUCGAAAAAAGAAAUAAAAUGUUGAUGUUGUCCAAGAAUGUCAGGAAUUAGCUCUGGCAGUUGGUGGAUUUGAUGUAUCUGCCUCAAAACCAAGAUUCUGUCAGAAGCUUAUAAUUUUUUUAAAAAAUUAGAUUUACACUUACAACAGUGCAUCAGGAAACCCUAGUGCUGUUAGAACUAAGGCUCAGCAUCUCAGAUUUCUGUGAGCUGAGUGUUUCAUUGUUCUGGAAGAUUUUCCUUUGCUGACACACUGGAAGAGGAAAGCAGAUAGACACAUUUUAAAACCAGGUGCUCAGGUUCUUUUCCCUUACUCCUGCAAUACAGCUACGUUGUAAAGAGAUUCUUCUGAAUCUUUCAAGUCACGUGGAGUAAAAAGACCCAGCCAGGAGCUAAGAUAUCAUUAAAACCAGUGAUGUUAAGAUCAAUAAGAAAUGACACAAGAAUAUAUCCUAACUUAUGGGAAAUAUUUGGCAUGGCAGAUAGUUAAAUGUAUUGGAAAGGUGGUGUUGUUUUAGAAGCUGAAAAUCAAGAAGAGCGCUAUGAGUGCUGUCUCCUAUAUCGCAUAUAAAUACAGCAGACCUGCUCUUGGAAUAAAACAAGGUUAAAUGUACUUUUUAAUCAAAAUUUCUGAACUGUAAAUACAAAAGCCACUGGACUAACACCAUCCCUACACUCUGUCUUCUGUGUGCUGCAUACUUACCUAGUGGCGCAGGGAUAGUUUAGAUGUUUAAAUUGCUCAGGCCAGCUUACAGCUUUUGUAAUUGUAAAAUAAAGAAGUUUAAGGGUGCACAAAGCACAGGAUUCUCUUACUAGCUGCAUCUAGCUGAAAAUGUGAGACCACAGUGAGACAAGGGUGUUUCUGGGUCAGUGAGCUCUGUUACCACCAGUCCUGUUUUUAGCAGUUGCCUGUAGUGGUAUUGAGAGCCUAAGAGUAAGGCAAAUCGUGGUGGUAAUAUCUAUUUGGAUACAGCAGCUUGCAGUGUGAGGAUUUCUUGGGAUGGGAAUGACUAGCUACAGCUAGUUAGUCUUGCUUUUGCAGUUCUGUAAUACCAAAUACCUGAGCAAUGUGGCUGUGAACCUGUCAUGUAGUAUGUAUCUAUACAUUUUCACCUAAUUAAGUUAGUUUAAUUGGUAGUUAUUCUUGUGGUGAAGUAGUUUUCCUUAAGCUUCUGGAUAUUCAUACAUAGCUCCUUGGUCCAGAUUAUGAAAGUGCCUAACAUUUAUACAUUGAAAAUAAUUUAAUAUUCAUGCCUUUUACAGGCCUAUCAGCUGUCCAGUAUGACACGCUUACAAGGUUUUGCCACUUCAAUCCUUUUCAGCUGAUUUUUAUUCUUGCUGCUUAGCACUCCUCCCUUCCUCUUGCUUGAAUAUGAUUUGGGUGAUGAUGUAAGACUCCAAAACAUUAUAUCCUGUGAAAGGGAAACUUCACAAAACUUUGGCCUCAUACCUGCCAACAUUUCUAAGAAUUUCUUUAGUUCUUGUUCUUGAGUGGACAUUGUAAUUUUUAUUGUUAGAGCUGCAAUUAACAAUGAAGUAUUGUGGCAGUACUGUGUGCUGGCACAGAAACAUCUAAUCUGCUUUUGUGUGGUUUUCCACAUAAGUCAAUGAUGUAGUUUAAAAAAAAUGACCACAUCUCCUGACAUCUGUGGAAGCAAGAAACAAGACAGUCCCAGUCGCCUGGAACAGACUCACAUAUUUUUAUAUAAUCCCCCCACUAAAAGAUUGAAGAAAAAGGAACUUGUGUGAGAAAACUUGUUUUUCUCAAUAUUAGGAAAAAACAGUUGCUCUGAAGUGGUUCCAUAUAAACCAGUUGAGUUCCAUAUAAACAGUUGAGUAUUAGUAAGAGAUGUUGUAGUAGGUUCAAAUUAAUAGUUUCAGCACAUCUUAAAAAAACGCCAAAACGAAAAACACACAACCAAAAUGACAAACCAAAUACAAAGCACCUUGUAUCUCAGGAAAAGGUGACCUGUGUAAAUUCCUUUAGCGUGAUUUUUCAUACAGUUCAGUCCUUUAACGAUGAAGUUCUUGGUUUUUGAUACUCUUUCUAUAUUCUCUAAAUGGAUGCAGUAAUUGGGCUGAAAUCUCUAAUGAAAUUUCUGUAAAUACUGUAAGUACAUUUAAAAUGUUUUUUAUAUGUAAAUAAAUAAAUAAAAAAUCUAAGAAGAUAAA